AUGCGGACGAUCACCCUGGGAGGGCCUAUGGCCCACCUUCAGUCGCGGUUAGAGCAGGCAGAGGGCAGGGCGGCGGCGCUGCAAGCAGAGGCCCGCCACUGGCAGCUCAUGUCCGCCCAGCUCGACGCCGCCGCCUCCAAGGCGCAGCAAGACGCGCGCGACGACCACCAGGCGGCCGACGCGCUGCGGGCAGCCAACGCUGACCUGGCGCUGCGGUUGUCGGACGCGGAGGGUCGGCUGCAGGAGACCGCAGCGCUGCUGUCUGACGAGCGGGAGGCGGCGGCGGCCCAGCUGGAGGAAGCUGGGGAGAAGCUGCGGCGGCUGGAGGUGCAGCUGAAACAGUCAGACGAGGAGCUGCAGGAGGCGCGGCGCGUCAGGGAGGUGGCGGCGGAGCGCCUGGAGCGCACGCGGCAGCGGCUCGGACUGAGCGAUGUGGAGGCGCGCCAGUACCUGCAGGAGCUCGAUCAGGCGCGCCGCGAGGCGGGGCAGCUGCGGCGCGAACGCGACCAGCUGGCCGCCGACGGCGCGUCGCUAAGGCGGCAGUGCGACGACCGUGCCGCACACGCGGGCGUGCUCCUCGCCAGCAACCACAGGCGCGUGCGAGCGCGUACAAACGUGUGGUAUCUGUUCAGCAACCUCAUCUCCCGAAGCGCCAGCGGGGCAUAA